GCGACAAUCUAAAUAAGCGCCCUGAAAGGGAUCUGAACUGUGUGUUCAGACAGAGAGCUGUGCCCUUUUGGAUAAUGUAUUUCGAGAACUGAAUUAAAAAGGCAACUCGUUAAAAUGGAUGAAGAUCCAUCGUCUGUUCAGCCCUCUGGCGAUCCAUCGAGAGAAAAUGGUGAGCCAGAGCAGGCUGCUGGGGAUGGUGCUGGUGACCCUGUACAACCCAGUCUUCGUGCUGUGAGCAUUGAUGAUGAGAAAUGCGCAAAAUCUGUGCAGGAUGUAGCUGAGCUUGUCCGCAGUCUCAACCAAGACCCAUACAGUGAAGAUGAGACGGAAAUGCGCUUCCUGUAUUCGAAACCCACCUGUUUUCUGUUACUUGGGAAACCUGGAGUUGGGAAAACCACACUUGCCAGACGUUUUGCAGCAGAAUGGAAAUGUCAGCUCAUCAAUUCCACGGACAUCAUACUUCAGAACAUGGAACUUCAAACAGAAAUGGGCCUCAAGUGUGCGGAGAUUUUGCGUCGUGGAGAAGCCAUUCCUGAUGACAUGGUGCUGAAAAUGAUUGAGGACAAAGUUAAUUCUCCAGAAGUAGCACACCAUGGGUACAUCAUGGAUGACUUCCCAUGCCUGUCAGAGGAACUGAUGUCUAUCAAAGACCAGCUGGAGCUUAUCAAAAGUUGGAAACUCAAGCCAGACUUUGUCAUCAACUUGAGGAUUCCCGACAAAGACAUUGAGCGCCGGAGACUUGGUCAGAAGCUUGAUCCUCAGACCCUGGAUCUGUACACCCGAGACAUCUACGCGCCAGACAAACCUGUGCCCCCGCCUUCACCAGAGAAAGAAGAUGAAGAUGAGGAUGAAGAAGAAGAGGUAGAGGAUGAGGAAGAGCCUCCAGAGGACGAAGAACCAAUCAUUGAACUGCCUGUGGAAGUUUUGGAACGUUUGGUCAAAAGACCUGAGGAUCUUCCACAACAAGUUGAGGAAAAUCUGAGCAAGUACAAGACGAACAUGUUGAGGAUUUUGGAGGACUACAUGGCUGAUCACGACCAACAGUAUUUGAUUGAGAUGGACGGAAAUCAAACUGUUCUCACUUUAUUCAAGCAACUAAUGCAGAAGCUCCUGACAUUUGUUUUGCGACCCGCGGCUGUGGUCACUCGCCUGAACGAUCCUGAGGAGGAAGAAAUGCCAGAGGACAUGGAGACAGAAGAACUCCUGCGUAGCUUUGGUCCCAAGCAGAUGGUGGCCCCGCGCUACAGGUGGAGGAGAAGUCGCUGGCUGCGCCACUGUCCCGUCGCCCUCUACGAGGGGAACAUACUGCCGGGGAAACCAGAGUUUUGUGUUAGUUUCCUGGACAAGCUGUACUGUCUGUCAAGUGCUGAAGCAAUGGAAAAGUUUGUGAAAAACCCUCGCCCUUACUUACUGCCUGAGCAGCCACGCCCCCCUUGCAAGCUGUCUGUGAUAGGUGCGCCCAUGUCAGGAAAGACGACUCUGAGCAAUUUGAUAGCGCACAAGUACGGUGGGAAAGUGUUUGAAAUCUCUGAGCUUACCAAGGAAAGACGCGAGGAAGAGAAGAGAAAGAUGGUGGAGCAGACGAGGAAAGAAACGACAGAGCAGGCUAUUGUACAGGUCAAGACCAAGAUCAAGGAGCAGAUGGAGGCCGAAGCAGCAGCAAGGGAGGAAGAACGCUUGGCUCGUCUAGCAGAGGAGGCAGCGAGGGAACAGGAAGAGCGGGAAAGACUUGAAGCCUUGAGGGCAGAGGAAGAAGAGGAAGGGGAAGAUGGUGACAGUGAGACAAAGUCUCCAAAGGAGGGUGAAGAGGAAGCAAAAGAAGAGACUCCUGCUGAGGCAGAGGAGGAAAAGGCUGCAGAGGAAGGAGGAGGCGAGGAGGGAGGAGAGGAGGAGAAAGAGAAGAGCGCGGAAGACGAGGAGAAGCCUGCCACUGAGGGGGGAGAAGGAGAGGACAACUCUGUCAUUGCUGCUUCAGGAACGUCGACAGAGGAUCAGCCACCACCGCCGCCAGCUGAGCCUGAGGUUGAUGAAACUCAUCCAGAUGUGGUUGCCAUGGUAAACGCGGCCGUUGCCGAGGCGGAGGCUCAGGUGAUCACACUGUCAGCGGAGGUCCAGGUGGAGGUUCUGGACAUGGCCAUCAAGACGUGGGAGAAGGAUCUCCGCAGCAAGAAACCAGAGGGACCUCUGCAUGGCUGCUGGAUCCUGGACAACUUCCCCAGUUCCCGGGAACAGUGGAACGCCUGUGUGGAGAAAAACCUCCUCCCUGAUGACGUCAUUGUCCUUGGUGACUCAAGCGGCGAUAGCAAGACAGGUGUCAAUUUGAUUCAGGCACUGGCCGAGCGGUUCUGCAAAAACAAUCGGGAGUUUCUGGUGCAGCAGAUGGAUAAGAGAGAACAGAUACGACUUGAGAAGGAGGAGUUAGCCAGACAAGAGGAGGAGAGGAGAGUUGCGGAAGAACUUGCAAGGCAAGAAGAACUUCGCAGACAAGAGGAGGAGGAACAAGAAAGGAAAGAAAUGGAGGAGCAAGCAGCAGCGGCUGCAGCAGCAACUGAGGAGGCAGAGGCCAGGAAAGCCGAAUUCUUAGUGGACCAAGUGUUAUGGGACCCACUGACUGGUGAACUGCAAACUCGUAAAGAAUUUAACUCAUUUGGCUUUGUGAAGCCUCGGGGUGCUAGCUACAUCCGCCUGCUGCCCAAAAAGCUCCGACCGUAUUCGUCUGGGGCUGAUACUCAGACUGAAGACUUGGGAAAAGAUGCAGAGGACACCGAAAAUGAGGAGGAAACUCCUAAAGGUGAAGAAGAAGCUGAACCUGAGGCAGAGCCAGAGCCAGAGCCAGAGGCAGAGGCAGAAGCUGCCCCAGCUUCUGCAACAGCAGAGGAAGAAGGAGAGGGAGAAGAAACACCAGAACCUCCUGUGAAGACGGAAAUGGAGAUUCUGAUGGAGCAGCCAGAAGUCCUCGCCUUCAUUGAGAAACUGAAGGAGUCGGAGAAGGAGUUGACUAACCUGAUGGCUACCAUUACGGGAACCUCCACCAUCGAGCCGUACACGGUGGCUAUUGGUCAGUUGACACCUGAGGAGAUUCUCAACGAAGUCACAAAGCAUUUGGAACGAGGAAGACCCAAACAGAAGCAUCAAGAAGAAGUUCCUGGGUGACAGCAACUACUUCGACCCGGUGGCCCUGAAAGAACAGGACAUCCUGAACCCUGGGAACCCGGAGGUGGCGGCUGUGUACAGAGAGAAGGUCUACUACUUCUCCACCAAUGAGACCAGAGAGAAGUUCUUGGAGGACCCCGCGCAGUACCUCACCAAAGACAGUCCGCUCAAGCCGCCUCCCAUCCGUCUGCUCAUCCUGGGAGCUCGUGGGGCUGGCAAGUCGCUGCACGGCCGGCACCUGGCGGAGAAGAUGGGCAUCUUCCACAUCUCCUUCAGGGAGAGGCUCCAGGAGCUCAUCAUUGCCAAAACCAAGAAAAAGAUCGGCCCCGAGUUUGAAGAGGAAGAGGAAGAGGAGCCUGAUGAUGAAGAAGAAGAGGAAGAUGAUGGGGGCGUUUCUGGAAUCCGAAGUUCAAAUCAGCCAGAUGCAGAGAAAAUAAGGCUUAAGAAUAUAAAGGAAGAAGAUGAAGAAGGUGAAUCAGAAGAGGACACUGAUUCUGAAGAAAGUGACUCAGCGUCGAAAGCUCUUGAACUGGAAAUUAUGACAGAAAUUGGAAACUGGUCUGAUGAGGAGGAGGAUGGAGAGGGGAAAGAGAGUGGAGAGGGAACAACUGAGUCCACCACAGAGGGGACUGCCACGCAGUCGGGUUCCGAUUUGAAACAGCCGGAAGCUACAAUCCCAGAGGAGGAAGACGAGGAACCAGAGCUGACCGAGGAUGAAGAAGCCAUCAAGGCCAACCUAGAGAGCAAUGACCCCUUGCCCCCAGAGCUGCUGGACAACAUCAUGGCUCAGUGGUGGAACAAGGAGCCUUUCAAAUCCACUGGUUUCAUCCUGGAGGGCUUCCCACGGACAAGCGAUGAGGUCAAGUAUCUGCAGGAGGCUGGUCUCUUCCCCGACGCGGCCAUCAUCCUACAGGUCUCCGAUGAUGAUGUCAUUGGCCGUCUGUUGCCACCCAAGCUGGACAAAUGGAAAGCAAAACGGGAUAAGAGGCUGGCCAAGAAAGCUCGCAAGAAGGAGAAGGCUCAGAAGAAGAGGGAUGCCGCCCGUGCCAAACGUCGAGAGGAGCUGGUCAAAGAAAGAGAGGAACAACGUGCCAACAGACAGGCAGAGAGAGAUGCUCAAGGAGAUGACUCUGAGAAUGAUGAAGAAAUGGAAGAAGAGGAAGAAGAAGAUGAGGAGGAUGAUAUUGAGGCUAUUUUGGAUGAGGAGUUUGAAGAGGAAGAAGAAGAGGAAGAAGAAGAGGAGGAGCAGGAAGAGGAUGCUAUCGAGAGGAUGAGGAACGACUUCAAUGAAGUGUAUGAUGACGACACCAACAGGAUGUCAGCUGUCGAGGAAACCCUGGAGGAAGUCCUCAUCCCUCGCUUGGACAUCGCGGCGGGCCGCAAGCCACACAUUGUGCGUUACAUUCUCAACAAGAAGCUCAAGCCCUACGUGGACUACCGGCACAGCAUCUUCGAGCGGGUCUACCCACUCAACGAACGGCAGGCAAAGCGCAUGCUUCAGAUGGGAUAUAAGCAGCCUAGUCGCUUUGGACGUUGGGAUCCAGUCAAGUUGAAGGAAGGAGACUGCAUCCAGCCGAUGAGUGGCCCGGGUUACCAAGCAUUCCCAUGUUUCUACCGUUCCCAUGUGUACUUCCUGAGCAGUCUUCAGAAUCGUCAGACGUUCAUGCAGGAUCCGAUGACCUACUUGAUACAGGAGAGCCCCAAACCUGUCGUGCCCAUCAAAAUUUCUAUCAUUGGACCUCCCAAAUCUGGCAAAACAUCGUUGGCCAACAGGUUUGUGGAAGACUAUGGUGUAGUGCGGAUGUCCAUCGGAGAGGCCAUGCGACAAGUUCUGUCUCUGCAGCCUAAGUCUGAGCUGGCGCGGCAGAUGAACUGGCACCUACUGAGAGGCCGAGUGGUGCCGGAUGACCUCCAGAUCCAAGCCCUGGAGAUUGCCAUGUUGGACAUGCGUUGUCAGACCCGUGGCUACGUCCUGGAUGGGUUCCCAAUCACCCGCAAACAGAUUGACCUGAUGACAGAGCGGAGCAUAAUCCCUGUCCGGGUCAUCGAGCUGGAGCUGGAGAGCAAGGACGUCAUGGUCAGAGGGGUCAAGGACAGGAUUGCACCAACAAGAACUGUUCCCCUUCACGACAGCGCCAAGAUUUUGGCAAUCAAACUGUCAUGUUACCUCAAGACGGUGCCCGAGGUCCGCGACUGGUACAAGAAGACCCACCAGAACCAUCGCGUGGUCCCCUCUAAUGAGUCCAAGUGGUGGGUGUGGGACUCGAUCAACGAGCUGGCCACCAGCAGUGUGCAGAGGAUACAGGACUACUUGCAGCGCACUGGGGAAGCUAAGGCAGCAGGCAUUGCAGAUCUGUGUAUUACUCCAAACGAGUUUGACCAGCGUCUGGGAGAUUUUGGUCAGUACUGUCCAGUGAGCCUAGCAGAAUGGGGAGAGUUAGUGGAUUGCUCCAUCAACCCCACCCUGCAGUUUGCUGCAGAGUUUAGAGGCCACUAUUACAAGAUGGCAGGCCAGAAGGAGGUGAAGAUGUUCCUGGAAGACCCGGAGAAGUACGUGCCACCCCUGGCCCCAAUGAAACUCCCACCAAAAGAGCUGCUGCCCAAGAGGAUUGCAGCCGCUGACCGCAAAGACAGGAAACCUCAAAUCAAUGGCUACUGUCCUGUCACUUAUGUGGAUGGGAAGCUCAGGUACGAGUCCCUACUGCCAGGCAGCGAGGAGUUCCUUGCAGAGUACAAGGAGAACGUGUACCUGAUGAAGGAUGAGGAGAAACUCUUCCGCUUCAUGAAAACGCCAGAAAAGUACGCUCACUUGAAGUUGCCACAUAAACUGCCCCCAAAACAAGAAGAGCUUCCUCUGGUGAACCUGCCAAUGCUGGGCUUCAUGGAGCAGACAUGUGCAGUUGCCAUGGUGAAGGCACUCACUGCUGCUGGCAAUGUUAAACCAAAGUAUCCAUUUGUCUCAUCGACACGAUCUGCACUUAUUUACAUUGCUUACCACUUGAAAGCCUACAACCCCAAGUCUUCCCCAUACAUUCGCAAGAAAUACAAGCAGAAACUGCAGCAGUUUGAGGAGACAUGUGAGCUCAUCAAAUACUUGGGCAACAACAUGACAGUCCGGUACAGAGAUCCCAAUGAGAGGCCAAGAGAUUUUGAUUCUAAACUGGAGACUUUCUUCGCACUAAGAGGCGUAGAGCCGACCCCUACGUGGAUCACUUAAAAGAUUACGUUUGAGUGUGGAAAGGAAAUUAAAAUUAAUUGUUUGUAAUUUUUAGAAAAUGUAUCUGAAUGAGUGUGGUCAUUAGGGGUGGGAAGAUGACAUGAAGGGUGUUGAAAGAAAAGACAUUGUAGAUUGUCGGUGAAUAAUACAAGAUUAAUAUCUGUGAGGCUUUGUUCUAAAAAUGAAAAUGCUCACAACACUGACAGCUUCAUUGUUCUGUCUCUCAAGAGCAAAAAGAAAGUAGACACUCUGCUUAGCUUUGUAUUCCAUUGUGGUUUCUGAACAUUCAAAUGUAGUAAUUGUAAAGACAAAACCAUCCCUCUACAAAAGAAAAGUUCUCCUGUUGACAGUAUUAAUUAUGAUUAGUGGGUUGCAUGAAGUGUGUAUGUUUUAUUCCUCAUGUUGUAUUGUCAAGUUUUAUGUCCAAAAAAAAAUGACUGUGAUAUAUCCAUUACAUUGAUUACAUUAGAAUGUAUCUUCAACACAAAAUAACAAUAUUAUUCACCUUUCUGUUGCAAACAAUGUACCAAGGGUUAGACUGCUUGAUGAAGAUUUUAAUUUUUUCUUCUAAACUCAUGUGUAACUUUUUCGGUGGUUCCAUGAAAUGUACUUCUUUUCUUAGGAAUAAAUUUGCUUUUUACUUUUAAGCUCUCGUGGUUAACAGGUUGGGUUUUUUUUAGAGUACCCUGCAAUUCAGUGUAUAUAUUUAAAAACUAUAAUUUGUGAAUGGCAAUUUUAAUAGUAAUAAACAUGAAAACAACUAAUUUUUAAAACUAUUGUGUCAUCGUUCCAUAUUUUGAUUCUUUAAGGUUUUACGGUAUGUUUUGAUCCAUCAUAGCUAAUGGAAAAGCUGUUCUUUAUUUUCUUAUUCUGACAUUAAAGAAACAUUGUGCAGAACCUCUGAGUUGUUUCUCAAGUGGAGCUGUCAUGAAAGGUCAUUUUACUGAUUAUAGACUUUUGAUUGUUUGGUUUUGUGUUUUUCUUUAAAUAUUUACACAAUCACAGUCUAAAACUCACAAUUGUAGCAUUUUGACUUUUUAUAACUUGAAUAUGUUUGAAGCUUUGUUAUGAAUUUUGUCAUAGAGAGACUUGUACAGUUACAUACGUGACUUGAAAAUGAGUAAAAAUAAACUAUCUCCAUUCACUGGA